AUGUCGAUGUGGAAGGUUUCCCCUGUUGAUGGUGUGGACGGCGGCGACUGCCAUAACUACAACGCCUUCGCGUGGCAGCAGCUGUUCAGCAACCUCGGCCUGGACGGCAACUCCGUCCCCACAAAUGGUGAUGAGGUCAACACGACCCCUGGGUCGUGCUCUAGCCCCAUGAUUGGGCUCAAGGAGAGCAAUGCGAGUGCAAAAGACACAGCCCCGUCAGUCAAGGCUGAUGCUCACCACACUUCCUCGUUUGACUGCAGCCCAACUGUCUUGCAGGACUACGGGUACUCGAGUGAGGAUGGCCGCGAAUCCCCUGCCGACCAGGUUGGGUCGGGGAGAAGCACCACACCCUUCUACUCGUUGCCCACCACAACUGCCACCGCUAAGAGUGGCAGCGGCAGUUGUAUCGUGUCAACGCAAAACAGCAGCGACGCUACCGCUCCGUGCUUCUUCAUAAAUGGGGUGCGCCACAGUAUCGAGUCUCCCUGCAAGACGCCGGACUGGACGGUGGUACCAGGCUCGUCGUCUGCGCCAGCGAGGAAGGUAUCCGUGGAAUCCCUUCCGUGGGCCAGCACGCACAUCGGCCCGUCCCCCAAUCCGGCGAAGCCGGUUGUGGCAGGUAACAACUCUGGCGUGCCGUGUGCGUGGCUGUGCGCAGAACAGUCGGCGACGCAGUCGCAGUCCUCGACGAGUCUGCCUCUGUACGCGAAGCCUCUGACGCCGCCAGCUGGGUACGCGAUACCCGUCUCUCCGCCGUCGAGUGGGAUGGGAGGUGGAGUUCAGAGAAAGUUUACCCUGCCAAUGGGCUCGUCCACUUACCUGGCGAAGACGGUUUCCGUCAUGCAGCCACUCCAGACGUCCGCCGUGCCUGUGGCUCAGCAAGCAAGCACGCCGUCCUUCUUUUCGAAAAAGAAGGACAGCUCUGUGAACACCUUUGCAGACUGCUCGGUCUUGGGUUUCGUCUUCAUGGACGGGGAGGGUUGCCUACGCCUGGCUCCGCAGGGCAGCGCUGCUCCAGCAUCCGCCCUGUCGGCACUGCCCAUGAUGCACGUCCCUUGCGGGGCGACAGCGUCCUCUGGGAUGCCGCAGAUGCAGUACAGCCCAAGCACCAUGCCACCUCAGCCGUGGCGCCCCGCCGCUGCCCCCGUCGCUGCUCCCUCCGCGUCGCUCCCUCGCACAAUCUCCUCUGAGUUGUGGGGCAAUACCAAAGCAUGGGUGUUUCGCGAUGGCCGCUGGAUCUCAUUGUCUAUUUGA